AUGUAUUAUGCAAAAUUUACACUUUAAUUCUAAUAAUUACAAAAUACUAUUGAAUUUUGUCCUUUUAUUGCAAGAGAUUUGUCUAUAUGCACCACAUGUUAGAAAACUCUUACACCUUAUUUCGUCAAUCGAUACGACCAUCUUGUUUGACCUUAGACAGAAAAACAAGAUGGCAGAGACAGUAGCUUCUGCCCCUGUGGCAGAGACCCCAGCAAAACCGAAGGAAAGGGCUGGUUAUGACACUGAAACUGGGAAGAAGAAAUCCACGUACAGACUUCUGAUGCUUCCUUCCAGGGUUCCAUACAUCGACUAUUUUGGUCUCGGAGAUCUGCGAUGUGGUGACAUGGAAAUUGAGUGGCGCAAGUGUGCGCAGACCACUGGCCUCGUGCAGUCCAAAACUAAAUGCAAAGUGGAGUGGGAGGAUUUCUUUGAAUGCAAGAAACAAAUAAAAACGCUUCACCGUCGACAGGAGAUAUUUAGAGCCCGUUUGAGAGAGGGCUCAGAGAAAGGCAACAUUAUCCAUCCAGAUGGCGACUUUUUCAAAUAAAGGCCCUCAUAAAUUACAGCGGUGUGGUUACAUGUAAUAGUAAUAAACUUAGUAGUUUAACAGGAUUGACAUUUUAUGAAUAAAUAGUUUGACUGGAUGGACAUUUUAUGAACAUAUUUCCAUUAUUAUUUAAUAAAAACAGCAAGUAUUGUGACUUUCAGCUGUUGAAACAAUAAGCAUUUGUUUAGUUGCUAAUUAAAUCAGAGGAACAUAA